GUCCCUCUGCCGCUGCCGCCGCCGCCGCCGCCGCCGCCAUGCCCCAGCCGGCCCCGCCGCCCGCCGCCGCCGCCGCCGCAGCAUGAAGCGGCAGAACGUGCGGACGCUGGCGCUCAUCGUGUGCACCUUCACGUACCUGCUGGUGGGCGCCGCCGUCUUCGACGCUCUGGAGUCGGAGGAGGAGACGGCGGAGCGGCGGCGGCUGGAGGCCAAGAGCCAGGAGCUCAAGAGCAAGUACAACCUGAGCGCCGAGAGCUACCGCGAACUCGAGUGGGUCGUCCUCAAGCUCAAGCCGCACAAGGCCGGCGUCCAGUGGAAAUUCGCCGGCUCCUUCUACUUCGCCAUCACCGUCAUCACCACUAUAGGUUAUGGCCAUGCAGCCCCCAGCACAGACGGGGGGAAGGUCUUCUGCAUGGUCUAUGCCCUACUGGGGAUCCCCCUCACCCUGGUCAUGUUCCAGAGCUUGGGCGAGAGGAUCAACACCUUUGUCAAGUACCUCCUCCACCGCAUCAAGAAGUGCCUUGGCAUGAGGCGGGUGGAGGUCUCCAUGGCCAACAUGGUCACCAUCGGGUUCUUCUCCUGCAUCAGCACCCUCUGCAUUGGGGCGGCUGCCUUCUCCUACUACGAGCACUGGAGCUUCUUCCAUGCCUACUACUACUGCUUCAUCACCCUCACCACCAUCGGCUUCGGGGACUACGUGGCCCUGCAGAAGGAUGAAGCCCUCCAGAACAAGCCGCAGUAUGUGGCCUUCAGCUUCGUCUACAUCCUGACGGGGCUGACAGUCAUCGGGGCUUUCCUCAACCUGGUGGUGCUGCGCUUCAUGACCAUGAACGCUGAGGAUGAGAAGCGGGAUGCGGAGCACCGGGCACUGCUCACCCGCAACGGGCAAGCCAGCAGCAUCCACACCACAGACACCGCCUCGGCCGUGCCGGUGGCGGCAGGGGGUGGCGGGAGCAGCGGUGGCGGCUUUCGGAACGUCUACGCCGAGGUUCUCCACUUCCAAUCCAUGUGCUCAUGCCUGUGGUACAAGAGCCGGGAGAAGCUGCAGUACUCCAUCCCUAUGAUCAUCCCCAGGGAUCUCUCCACCUCGGACACCUGUGUGGAGCAGAGCCAUUCCUCUCCUGGCCGCUGUCCGGAGACCCCCUCCAAUAGAUGUUUCUGCAACGCCCGCCGGUCGGCCAUCAGCUCCGUCUCCACCGGGCUCCACAGCCUGGCGGCAUUCCAGGGGCUCAUGAAGCGCCGCAGCUCCGUGUAGCUCCUCUCCAUCCCCACCCGUGUCCCCCAGACCUCUCCCCUUGGCUCUGUGGCCAAAGACCUCUCUUGGUCAUGGCAGGAGGAAACCACCGCAGGUCUGGCAGUGGGACCCCCAGGGAGCUGUGGGCCAUGGUCCUCUGGCUUGGGAGGGAUGCAGGAGCAGCAGCAAGGCUGCCUGGUCCUCUAGGAAGCAGGAAGAAGGGAGCUGCUGGUUUUAUUUUAUUUUAAUUUAAAUUAAUUUUAUUAUUUUAUUUUGCAAAACCACUCCUCAAAAAUGUGAAACUUGGAGAGCUGGAGAGUGCUUUAACUUGAUGGGGUGGGGAGUACGCCUGCACCUCCCUCCAUGACGAACUUUGUGCAAAUGGCUGGGGACCCUCAUAGCCCCAGCACAGCCCCAGGGCAGCCCAAGUGUGCAACAGCAAUGGCCGUGAGCCAGACACAUGGUCCUGUGUGCACCAGAGGCCUCAUGAGACACGGACUGAGGAGGACAUGGGGCUCUCAGCACCAACCACAAGCAGCAGUGUGGUCCCAUCCCCUCCAUCCUCUGCCUCCUCCAGCCGUGGGCAGCGAGGGGAUGCCACAGCGAAGGCAAGCACGCAUCAGAGGGCAAAUCAGGCUAAGAGGGGCUUAGACGGAGCUCUCUCGAUCCCUGCACACAUCAGCCUGCCCCUGCGGCUGAGUAAAACAAGCCGUGAGUCACGUAGGCUGCCGAAAACGCCUGCCUCCACUCAGUGGGCAGCCCCUCGAGAGCUCUGUGGGGUUAUUUCAAUCCUUUCCAGACUGGCAAACCCAGGAUUUUCCCAGUGGAAAGGAAGCAGGAAGCACGGCUCCGUCACCAAGGAGGCAGGAAGGCAAUGUCAGCAUGGUCCCUGGGACCCCCAUCUCCAUCCUCCACUGUGGCAGCUCUGGAGCCGGAGCUGUUACCCUUGGGGAGAUUUCCUGGGGGACAACUUGAGGCAUUAUAAGAGUUUUUCACCAUUCUUCUCCUUCACACCCCUGGGUUGCUCCAGUCCCCUUUCAACCUGUCCCCCAUCACACCCCAACACCCAGAGCCCAGAGCAGGGGAUGCUCUCAAUGCUUUACCCAGCAGAGACAUCCCAGGGUCACCCCAACACAGCAAGAGGGGAGCAAAAUCCUCUUUCCUUAUCCCCCUACAUGCACGGGGCAGCCCCCAGCCCCAUGGGGAGCAUCCCCAUCACGCCCAGGACUGUGCCCAGCCCCCUGCCAGCAUCCAAAACACAGGCUGUCCCCCCAGCAGUGGAGACACUGGGGGACACCCUGACAUGCACUGGCCCCUCUUUGAGCACCUGGAGUGCCAGGGGGACUCUGGGGACAGCCAAGGCACCCAGCCCGCCUGUUUCUUUUCUCACCUUUUAACAGAAGAAAACCAAUGUAUUUCUAAUACUUGACGACUUGUACAUACUGUUAGAUACCAGAGAGGAUAUUUAUUACAAAUGAUGCUAUCAUCAUAUCUAUAGAAGUCUAUAAAUAUCUAUUGGAAAGAGGGUUUGGGGGGAAAACUUGUUGAUGACUCUGGAGAAUCUUUUCGCUCUCUGCAUCCUUCUCAUCCUAGGGCACCCAUGGGGAACCACACUCCCCCUGGCAAGGUUUCUCUGGUUCUUAUGCCAAAGUAUAUUUGUACUGCUGAGUUACCUUCCAUAGAGAGAAAUAAAGGCUGGUUCAAACCUC